UUUUCACACUUGUUUAUUUAUUUUAACAGUAAGUGUUGUGGUAUAACUAAUUUACCAGUCAAGGAAGAAAUUAGUUAAGAAUUUUAGCAUCACUCCUUUGUAGAGUUUUUCCAAAAAUAUAUAUAAAUAAAAAAAACAUUAGAGAAUAUAACAAACAACAUUUCACGCAGCCUAUAAUCUAUUUAUAGCUUUUAGUUUAAAAACAAGUUUCAUUUUUUUAUUGAAUCAAAGUUGAUUUUGACUGUUUAAAGACAAUAUUAAAAAGAUAGUUACUUAGCAAAAUUAUUUGACAAGUUUUAUAAAAAUGGAAACUGGUAGAAUUAAUUGCUUGGCUGUUGAUGCGAGCGAAACAAGCGAGUUAGCAUUUAACUGGUACGCAAAGAAUUACCAUCGUAAAAAAGAUACCUUGAUUAUACUUCACAUACAUGAAGUUCCUCAGUUGCCUAUGAUGGGCAUUUUAUCAGGAAUUUAUCCGACAACUGACGAGCACCGUAAAACAAUAGAAGAUAGUGUUAAGGCAGCAAAAGCAGUAGUUGAAAAGUUUAAAAAUCUCUGUGUUGAAAGAGAGAUCGAAUUCAAUGAGAUUAUUUUGGAUGAUAACUUUAAAUCUCCAGGACAUAUGAUUUGUGAAUUGGUCAAGAAAAAAGCUGCAACAGUGGUAGUGUUAGGACAACGAGGCUUAGGAGCUGUUUCAAGAACAUUUUUGGGAAGCACUAGUGACUAUGUGCUGCAUCAUUCAAAUGUACCCGUUAUUGUAAUUCCUCCAACCACCCCUUCUCAAGAACCUACAUCGUAUUAUAAAUAAACAAACUUUUAUAAUCCUUUACAGACUUGUUUGAAAUAGUUUAUUUUAACGUCUA